GUUCUAUUAGGAUUGAGCUUCGGAGUGUGGGAGACAUGAAGAUGGGGAGCAAACAUGUUUUGCAGAAGCCGAAGCUGGAACUUUUCCAUAUCAUCAAAGAAGCCACGUUUAUCCCUGUUAAAAACAUCAACUUCGUCUUCUUGACCAUAAUCACCUCAUUUCCUUUGUUUUGCUGCUUAUGGUACUAUGAAAUUUUGCUUCAGAGUAUUCUUAGUCAAAUCCCAAGGAUCCUGAAAGAACCACCCUUCUUUUACUUUACCUGGCCAACACCGUUUGAUAUAAUCAACAACUUGCAUGCAGAAUUCCACUACAGAUUGGUUCAGGCAUGCCUCCUUUACUUGGUUCCUCUUCAUCUCCUAGAAUUCAUCUCUGCCUUCAUGUCAGUCAGCAUAGCAUCUAAGAUUUACAAAGAGAAACAGAUGAGUCUCAAUGAAAUGUUUGAAAAACCAAUUCACAAAGCAAAGUUGAGAGCAACUUUCAUCACAUCUUUGUAUGCUCAUGUCCUGUCCACCUGCACCCUGCUUGGAUUGAUAUGGUUAGUGACAACCUACUUUGCAAUCUUUUGGAAAUCCGUUGUUGACGUGUUCUUUGCAGUAUUUCAUGGGGCUGCCUUUGUUGCACUACUGAUGAAAUACAUGGAAUGGUCCGCUGCUUGGAAGAUGAGUGUUGUGAUUUCAAUUGUGGAGGAGAAAUAUGGGAUGGAUGCACUUGUAAUCUCUGAUUAUUUCCGAAGAGGUAGCGAACAGCGCGGGCUUUUUCUGAUGUUGUUUUUCUCUGGUUGGGAUUUUGUUAUACGAGUGGUAGGUUUGUAUUGGUGUGGGAUUAUCCUUCAGGUUUGCUUGUUGUGUCUUUGUAAUACCAUGAAGUGGAUGGCCUCUAUGGUAUACUUCUAUGACUGCAAAUCAAGGAUUUUUGAGAAGAAAGUUGAUGAGGAAAUGGGAAAGGAGAUCAAAGGAAUUGAUGAACAAUCAUCCCUUGCAAGAGAAUGAACUCUGGUUAAUUUCCAUGCUAUGUAACUAUGAAAUGAAAGCAUCCCUAGGUGUUAUGUUUAGUGGAAAAUAAAUUCGUUCUGUAGAUGUUUUAGUGCCUGAACUGCAGGAUUGUUAGAACCUGUAGUUUUGCAUGGCUUCUGCUCUACAAAGUGGUUUCAGCCACCAAAAGGGGUGCCUUGGACCCUGCUUUGUGUUGGUUGGCUGUCUUCGAUUCAGUAUAUGA